AUGAAAGCCGGCCUCCACGCUGUUUCCCCAAAUCUUUGCGUGGGACACACCAGCCAAAUGGGCAUUGGCACUGACGGCUCCUGUGCAGAUGAAAUCGAGCACGACGACGAGGAAGACGCAGAUGCAGACGCAGAUGGCGAGGUAGACGACGAGCCGUCCGCUGCUGCAGCGCCUGCGACCGGAGGCGACGUGGAAAAUACCCGAAAGCGACCAGUCGACAGGCAGCAGCAGCCGCCGCUUGUGAAUGGUUCCCCCCCAGCUAAGCGGCCACGCCUGAGUAAUGGGUACGAAAAUGGGGUGGAUGCAGCCACAACCCCGAUGGAUCUCGACGGCCAGGACCACCAGGGCCCGGACCUGGACAACCACGCUUACCCGUCACCCCUUGAGGGCGAGGCGACCACGCCCACGCCUCGAACCGACGGCCCCGAGCAGGGCACGCAGGUCGAGAAAGUCGAGGAGCUGGCUGCUGAAACGACCUUCAUCCCGCUGGGCGCUGGCCCCGAUGACGCAGACGCAGACGCAGACGACGCACCGGCUUCGUCCCCUGCCACGGCGCUCUCGCGAGGUGACAGUAACAGCGACAACGCGCCUGUGCUCCUGCAUUGUCAGUGGCACCCCCGAGAUCCCACCAUCUUGGCGGCUGCUGGAACCGAUGCACUAGCCCGCAUCUGGAACGUCUCGCGUGGGGCCACCACCGACACCACCGACCCUGCAUCAGACGGUCACGUGAACGGCGUCGCCCCCAAUUCCCACUCGCUGGUCGAGGAUGAUAUACCUUCCAAGGCCACCGUCACCGCCAUGGCUUGGAACUGGGACGGCAGCGCUAUUGCCGUUGCCACCGACUCCGAGUCCAAGGCCCGGAUCACCCUCUGGACCCCCGACGGUAGCCACAUCCACCAUUUCGAAGUCGCCGAACCGCCCAUCAUCAAGCUCCGUUGGAACCCCCACAACGCCGCCAUCCUUGCCAUUGCACCAGACAAUGACGGCACGCUUAUCACCGUUUACCACGCUGUAACUUCGAACUCGAUGACCUACUUCCUGCCGCGACACGACCUGGACUCGGAGCCGCUCGACGCUGCGUGGACCAGCGAGAACGAGUUUCUGCUGUGUGGUGGCGAGCUGCUGGUGGCUUUGAAUUGUGCAGGUCCCGAGAUCAACGAGAUUCGGAGAUACGAGACUAGAGGGGGGGAAAGCCUGACACAAGUUCAGUUCGACUGGCGGUCAUCAUUAAUAGCGACUUCUUCCGAGAAAGGCUUCGUCGAUAUAUGGGACAUCGCUAGUACUUCCAAGCGGCGGGAAAUCCGGGCGCAUUCCAAUGCGGUGACAGCAUUAGCCUGGCAACCGUUACAGUCUCCGCUUAGCAGCGAGGAGAGACUCCUGGCCUCUGGUGGCGAGGAUGGCGCUAUCUGCAUAUGGAAUGCAUUGGUUUUUGAGGGCAAGGCCAAGUGCUCCAUGACCAUGGGUGCCCCUAUAGUCGCACUCGCCUUCACCCCUGACGGUGCUUUCAUUGCUGGAGCUACCAGUGAGGGGAUACUCAUUUGGAAGGUCGGCGAUCACAGUAUCCCUCGGGCGAGUUGGAGUCGAUUACCUCAUCCGGGCUGGCUCAGCCCACGUAUGAAUCCCGAAUCCGAUCUGGAGGACGAGCAUUGCCUGGGCUGGGACUCAACAGGGCAUAAGCUGGCUUAUGGCGUGAACAGUCGGCUUGCUGUCAUUAACUUCCGAUAA